CUCCACCUGUAUUUGGAUUGAGAAAGAAGGUUGGGAAAUUUGGUAGCUAGUGAGACUCUCAGUUUUUCCCUGCCUGGAAGAGGUAACCCAUGUCAAGAGGUAACCAUCACCACAUGAGUGGAAUGGAACGUUCUCUGGGCUGUGUAUGUUCUAAGGUAACUCCGUUUCUCAUUGCAGAAAAACGCCUGUCUAGGGGCAUCUCCCACGCCAGCUCCAGCAUUGUUUCCCUGGCCCGGUCCCAUGUCUCCUCCAAUGGUGGGGGUGGGGGGAGCAGUGAGCACCCCCUGGAAAUGCCCAUCUGUGCCUUCCAGCUUCCAGAUCUCACUGUGUACAACGAAGACUUCCGCAGCUUCAUAGAGAGAGACCUUAUUGAGCAGUCCAUGCUGGUUGCCUUGGAACAGGCAGGGCGUUUGAACUGGUGGGUGAGUGUGGACCCUACCUGCCAGAGGCUGCUUCCUUUGGCAACUACUGGGGAUGGAAACUGCCUCCUGCAUGCAGCCUCUCUGGGCAUGUGGGGUUUCCAUGAUCGGGACUUGAUGCUGCGGAAAGCUUUGUAUGCGCUGAUGGAGAAAGGAGCCGAGAAGGAGGCAUUAAAACGGCGCUGGAGGUGGCAGCAAACACAGCAGAAUAAAGAGUCAGGCCUGCUGUACACAGAGGAUGAAUGGCAGAAGGAAUGGAAUGAGCUGAUCAAGCUUGCCUCGAGUGAACCCCGCAUGCAUCUAGGUUCCAAUGGAGCCAACUGUGGUGGGUAAGUAUGGCUAACAUGGUUGGGGGUAGGAAGGAAUCUUUACCGAGUCCUCAGUGUCCAAAGAACUUCUUGCUCAGAGGACGUUAGAAGGGAAGAGAGGGGCUGUGCAAGGGCACAGAAGGGUAUAACAGCAUGGUAUGUUCUAGGAACUACAAGUAACUGGGCAUUGCCAGAAUACAGAGUACAUGGUAUAGAGUGCUAGAUGAGGCUGGAUAACCAGAGUUUUGUGUGCCAUGCUGAGGUUUCUGUUGUACCAUGCUGAGGAAUUAAAAUCAUAUCCAAUCAGACUUUGAGAAAUUAUAGGACAUGACUCAGUUUUCUCAAUAAAUAUAUUGCAAGGAAAAUAAAAAGGGAGAGGGAACCUAAGUUUAAAGACACUUAGACAAAUCAACCAGUGGGAAUGUAUGGACAUUUAUAAGACAGCUGGGGAAACGUAAACAAUGUCUACGUGUUUAAUUAUUGUUAAUUUUUUUAAAAGUGUGAUAUUAAUGGUUGUGUGGUUGUUUUUAAAAGGAGUCCUUUAUUCUUUUAGAGAUAGAAACUGAAAAAUUUAUGGAUGAAA